AUGAGUGCCAUUACUGCUCCUCUUCCUUCUGUCCCACCUGCGUCCACUUUUGAUCCAGCUCUAAUUACAGGAGAUGCUUUAUUUAACGACAGAGUUCGUAGAUUCCAAGAGUUUUUUGAUAUCUAUUCUGAAUACAAAGAUAAAAUUAAAAGUAUCCAACUAUACAACGAAAACAACAAUGAUAAUCUUCUAGAAGAUGACGACCAUUAUAUGGUUGACGAUGAUAUCGGGGGCGGCAAGAAAAAGUCUUACAAUAAUGAUUUUGAACCUUUGCCCUUGAGGAUCACGAUUUCCACGGAUGAGUUGUUACAAUUUGAUCCUGCCAUAUGGAAUGGCGUGUUAAACGAACCUUGUGAAUAUAUCCCGGCAUUGGAACAAGCGGUUACUAAUAUAGCUUCGCUUGUAUCAGAAGUUGGUUCUUCAAACUUUCAAGAAGCUUUAAGUUGGUCCGUUUCUUUCAGAGGUGCCUUUGGAGCAAACAGCAUUACUCCGCGUACUUUAAAUGCAUACUAUUUAAACAAAUUGAUCUCAAUUCAAGGGAUUAUUACCAAAACUUCGCUAAUUAGGCCAAAAUUAACCAAAUCAGUCCACUACGCCCCCGAAGCUUCACGUUUCUAUUAUAGAAAUUACAAAGAUUCUACCUCUUCUUUAACAACACAGAUUUCAUCAGCCGUUACAGGAUAUAGCACUGCCCCCAUAUAUCCCACCGAGGAUGACGAGGGCAAUAAAUUGAUCACUGAAUAUGGAUGGAGUGAGUAUAAUGAUCACCAAAGGCUAACCAUCCAAGAAAUGCCUGAGCUAUCACCUCCUGGACAGUUACCCCGCCAUUGUGAAAUUAUUGUUGAUAACGAUUUGGUUGAUACUUGUAAACCUGGUGACAGGGUCUGUAUUAUUGGUGUGUACAAGAGUACUGGUGGCGGUGGGUUACAGGACAAAAAGGGGCUUGUUGGUCUAACUGGUUUUCAAACUUUUAUCUUGGCAAAUACUGUCUAUCAAUUACAUGCCAGAUCUACGGGUGUUUCCUCUGUGGAAAUUCUAAACGAUAUAGACAUUCAAAAUAUCGUUAAAAUGGGGAAAAGAAAAGAUAUUUUUGCAUUACUAUCACAAUCGUUAGCACCUUCGAUAUAUGGCCAUGAUAUGAUUAAAAAAGCAGUUUUAUUAAUGCUACUAGGUGGUGUGGAGAAAAAUUUACCCAACGGCUCUCAUUUAAGAGGUGAUAUUAAUAUCUUAAUGGUUGGUGAUCCAAGUACGGCAAAAUCCCAGAUCCUAAGAUUUGUUUUAAACACAGCACCAUUAGCAAUCGCCACAACGGGUAGAGGCUCCUCGGGUGUUGGGUUGACUGCUGCUGUUACUACUGACAAGGAAACUGGUGAGAGAAAAUUGGAAGCCGGUGCUAUGGUUUUGGCUGACCGUGGAAUUGUUUGUAUUGAUGAAUUUGACAAAAUGAACGAAGUUGACCGUGUUGCUAUUCAUGAAGUUAUGGAACAACAAACUGUUACGAUUGCCAAAGCUGGAAUACACACAACUUUGAAUGCUAGGUGUAGUGUUAUUGCCGCAGCCAAUCCCAUCAUGGGUCAAUACAAUAUCAACAGAGAUCCUCAUCACAACAUCGCUCUACCGGAUUCCUUGCUAUCUCGUUUUGACUUACUAUUUGUUGUUACUGAUGACAUCAACGAUAUUAGGGAUAGACAUAUUAGCGAACAUGUUUUAAGAACGCAUAGGUAUAUACCACCGGGCUAUUUGGAGGGCGAACCUGUAAGAGAACAUUUGAAUUUAACGUUGGCUUUGGGUGAUAGCCAAGUUGAUGGUGGCGAUGAUAGCAAUGAAGAUGAGGAUGUUGAAGACGGGAAAAUUUUUGAAAAAUUUAACCCCCUUUUGCAUGCAGGUGCUAAAUUGGCAAUUAAUAAAGGUGACCACAACGGUAGUGAUAUACCAUUAAUUGUGACGAUUAAGUUUUUGAGAAAAUACAUUCAAUAUGCAAAGGAAAGAGUUGUGCCACAGUUGUCUCAAGAAGCAACAGACGUCAUCGUUAAAACAUAUAGUGAUUUGAGAAAUGAUAUAAAUGGUACCUCUAACACCAAAGGUUUACCUAUCACAGCAAGAACAUUAGAAACUUUGAUUAGGUUAUCGUCUGCACAUGCAAAAGUUAGACUAUCUAAGACUGUUGAAAAAAGAGAUGCGUUAAUUGCAUGUCAAUUGUUAAGAUUUGCGCUAUUGGGUGAAGAACAGGACGGAGAGGAUAUUGAAGACAGCACUUCUCCUUAUAAAAAGAGCGCCGAUGAAGGCUCACCAAAGAAAAAGCCAAAACCUUCAAUCAAAAGUAAUUCUAAAGAUGUCGAGGAGAAUGACUUGACUAGUUCCGUUGCUAAGCGUGAUUUAUUUGUGUCAUCACCUUCGACUCGUCUGUACCCAGAUGAGAACGAUAUUGAAACCAGGCUAUCCAAAGGAUUAACUUUAUCUCCAAAAGCCAAGGAGCAAUUAACAGAAAGAAACAUUUUAUCCCCGAGAAAGAACAUCAAUGUCCAAGAAGGUGCUUUUUCUGCCAAUGCCUCCCCAUUGAAAAGAAGAGGCCCGGAAGAUAAUGAAUCAGAAAACGAAACGUCAACUGAUCAUAUUUCCUCCGAAAGAUUACACAUUUUUAGUGAAAUAUUUGUCAAGUUAAUUGCUACUGAUAUUUUGCAAGAUGGUUGUCCCCGCGAAAAAUUGUUUAGUAUUGUUAACAAAGAAAUUGAAGCAAGUCCAUUCACCCCACAAGAAUUUAAUGCAUGUAUAAAAUAUUUCAUUGAAAAAGGUAAUAUAAUGGAAGCUGAAGAUGAUGUGAUUUUUGUUGUUUAG